UCUUUAUCAAUUGUUGCUUGCUAGAACACAUAGUUGUGGAACUGAAUUAUAAAAACUUCCUUUCGGGAAACGGCCAGCUUCAGUUCUCGUUCGGCUACGGUCCGGUCAAGUCAGCAGUGGUUCGGUAUCAUACGGAAGAAUCGGAAGCACUAUCAGUGGAUUUAGAGAAGAAAAAGUGGAUAACAUUACUGUUACCCUUUGGGACACUGUUAUCAAAGUGUGAUUAUCAUAGUUCAAAAUGGGUAAAGGUCAUCGGUUGGCCUUUAUAUUAGUGUGUCUGGUGGGAUGCUGCUAUGCAGACGAUGCAACGUCGGACAGCAACAAGCCAACGGGUACGCAAACGUGGAUUGAUAAGCUGAAGAAGGAUUUACUGGUCAACUAUGAUCGCAAUGCGCGACCCACUCAGCACUACAAUGUCACUAAUCUGGAUUUGAAGAUAACUAUCCGGCAUGUGGACAUCGAUGAAGAAAAUUCCAUCUUUUCCAUGUAUGGAUGGGUGAAAAUGACCUGGAGCGACAACAAACUCAAAUGGAAUCCGGCAGACUAUGGCGGUGUGGACCUGUUCCGGUGUAAUCCGGAUGCCGUGUGGAAACCGGAUGUGGUUCUCUACAACAACGCCAGGGGUUCGGAUAAUCUGCACUACGGCCAAACCAAUGUGAUUGUGUACCACAGUGGUGAAGUUCUUUGGGUACCUCCAACCGAUUAUCACAGCUUUUGCGAACUGAACUUGCGCUUCUGGCCGUUCGACUAUCAAACAUGUAUUCUGAAGAUAGGGUCUUGGACAUACGAUGGGUAUAAGCUGAACCUGACAACCAGCGAGGAAGAACCCGAGAUCGACAUAGGCGUCCCGAACAAUGAAUGGAGCAUUCGGAAGGUCACUACCGAUCGGAACACUGUAUUCUACAAAUGCUGUAAGGAGCCGUACAUCGACCUUCAGUACAACGUCACCCUCCAACGACAUUCGUCAACUCACAAGGCUAUAGUUGUUAGUCCGGCUUUCGUGAUAAUGCUACUAGCAUUGUCAGUAUUCUGGCUUCCACCUCAAUGUGGCGAAAAGAUUGUGUUGAACGGAAUCACCGUGCUGGUUGUGACCGUAUUUCUCAUCUACUUCGCUCAGCAACUGCCGGCUAUGUCGGGAAAUACGCCUCUGAUCGUAACCUUCUACAGUAUGACAUUCUACCUGGUUGCCAUCAGUACAAUCUUGUCGGUGAUUGCAUUGCGUAUAACUCGUAGCAAGCACUGCCAUCCAGUGCCAGGUGUUCUGAAGAGUCAGCUGGACGGAUGUCUUGGCUCCACACUCCGCGUAGGAAGUGCCGGUCAAUUGGAGGAGGAUAAAGAAGCUGCGGGCGGUGAGACGCCCGUGAGUACCAAACAGCAUGACUGGUGUCGUUUGGCAGUGUUACUGGACAGACUGGCGUUCGUAGUUUACUUGGUGAUCUUUGCCUUUUCGGUCAUUUACUUCAGCCUAUAGUUUGGGGUUGGAUGUGUGUUCAAAUUGUCAGGUAUUUUUAAUGGAAUAAGAGUUCUUACAAAAGCA